CAGACUGGAUUCGUGACGUGCGUCACUCCCCUGUGAGUGAGGAGAGACAAAGGCCACGCACAUGUCAGCUGUUGGGACACGGUUGGCAGAGCAAGAGUAAAGAGUUCUCAAAAGCAGCUGCAGGUGGAUGAUGUCGUCUGAAGAUCUGCCUAUCCGACUUGAAGACUAUCAUAUUUCCAGGAGGACGGGUUUUCUAAUAGACCAACCUUUGCGGGAACUGCCAAUGCAGUAUGCUGUUUGGGAUGAAGUGGCAAAGCAAGCAGCAGAGUUGGUGAGAUGUAAGACUCUACGGCAGGUAGUCGAUCAGAUGCCAUUGUUGGAUCACCGUGGUUUGAUGGGAUACCGGGAGAAACGCCUAGCUCACCUCCAGCUUUCUGUAAUAGCCUCGUGCUACAUCUGGCAGGAGGGUGACGCAGGUGUUCCACAGUCUUUACCUGCCUGCAUCAGCAUACCUUGGUGGGAGGUAUCUAGACAACUAGGACUCCAACCCUCUGUUAACCACGCCACCUUCGUACUGGCCAACUGGAGAGUCGUUGAACAUGACAGACUUAUGUCCUUGGAUAACCUGGACUGGUUGUACCCGUUGCCCGGUGGAGAGAGUUCUAAGUGGUUUUGCCUGAUAACCGUUCACAUAGAGAAGGAUUUUGUACCUGCAUUAACUUACAUUGAGAAGGGUCUGAGGAGCAUGCGUUCUGGAGACAAGCAAAGUUUGACAGAUUGCCUCCAUGGUAUUCAGCGCGUGAUUUGUGACAUCAAGUCAACAUUUAGUAAAAUGCAUGAAAGGGUCGAUCCUCAAGAUUUCUAUGACCGCCUUCGCCCGUUUCUGAGUGGGUGGGGUGGGGCUGGAUCUCCCCUACCCAGGGGACUGGUAUACGCAGGUGUGUCUGAAAAACCACACCAGGUUACAGGAGGCAGUGCCGCUCAGAGUUCAAUCUUUCAGACCUUGGACGCUUUCUUGGGAGUGAAACACACCGGAAGCGAGAGGAAGUUUCUGUUUGAUAUGAGAAGUUACAUGCCUCCAGACCACAGAAAGUUCAUCGACAUGAUAGAGAAUGGUCCGUCUUUACGAGAGUACGUCCUGAAAUCCAACUGUGCGGACCUGAAGACAGCUUUUGAGAAAUGCCUUGGUACCCUAAUUGACUUCCGGAGCUACCAUCUGACCAUUGUCGCCAAAUACGUAGUCAGUAUGUCUCACAGAAUGGGACGUAACCAGGUGUACGCAUCCGUCUCGAAACAAGGAACAGGUGGAUCAAGUGUUGUUCCAUUUCUGAAGUCAGUUAGGUCCACCACCCAGGAUGCACAGCUGUAUGAUGACUGAUUGAGGCAGCACUGAUUCCGAUCCAUGAAAUUCCAUGUUAGAAUGUAUACUAUAUAUGGUCUAUAUUUACAUGUAUAUACACGCAUUUCUAUAGUUUUCCAUGAUCCCGCCAAGUUGUUGUGAAAAGGAUUACAAAUUUUAUGCAUAUAUUUUAUUAUAAGCCUUACAUGUACGUAAAUAACUGUAGAAAGUAGAUCCUGUGUACAAUCGGAUGUAAGUCUUUGAGCUAACUACAUACAUAGAUUGCAUAGAUUUAAAUGGCUGUAGUUUGGCUUCGGCACGUAAAAUACAUGUUAAUAUACGUUGUUGGUAUUAACUGUGCGUUAACAGAUAGGCCUAUAGUUGUGUUUACAGCUGGUAUAAAUACAUAAAUCACACAUACUAAAACCUAUGUAGGGCUCGCCCCUCCAGAUAAGAAGUCAUAUAGAAAAAGAACAUGCAUGAUGAAUAGAUAUACUUUCUCGUACUUUUGUCAAUUGGUUAUUUCGUUUCCAUUUAUCGACCUUGCGGUGAAAUCUAAAUUCCAUGCCUGUGUUACACUUUUAUUGGUUUUUGUUAGGGUAGUAAUGUUGUACACUCCCCGCCCCCAUCCCACAAACAAACACAUGCACUUCCGCCAGCAGUAUGGUCGAAGCAGUAAAAGUUGAUUGAUUGAUUGAUUUUUGUUAAGGCCAUACUCAAGAAUUUUUCAUUUAUACUAUGACGGCCAGUAUACACAAAAUAUUUAUUUAUUUAUUUGAUUGGUGUUUUACGCCCUACUCAGCAGUAUUUCACUUAUAUAAGGGGGGUCAGCAUUAUGGUGGGAGGAAACCAGGCAGAAUCGGGGGAAUACACAAAAUACACAUGGAUUGUUUUUGUCAACAAGGUUAUAAUAUAAAUAGUCAAAAUACAACAUCAAAUUAAGAGUGUUUGAGCAUGAUUUAACGAAACUUUUACUGAAAGUAGAAAUGGACCGUUGGUAUCCAUGCGAGAAUUAUAACUCCCAGCGGGUUCUGGGUUGGGUUCAGUUAAUAAUAUGUUAAUUAAUAAAAUAACUCUUCCCAGUUUCCAUAUGUUUACUGCUGGAAUUACCUAAUUUAUGUUAUCUAUCUAUAUAUACCGGCAUCGCCAUUUAAUACAGACUAUAUGGAUAACAGUUAAUGAUUAGCGACGUUCCACGAUAAACCAUGCAGGCUGUUUCCUCAGCGUUUGGCACACACUAAGCUUAAUACGGUUGCAAGCAGCAAUUUAACAUGAUU